AUGCCCCCUUAUGUGAAGUUGCUUAAAGAUAUUCUUACAAAAAAAAGGAAGCUCGAGGAAUACGAAAUAGUUGCAUUAACACAUGAAUGCAGUGCGUUAUUUCAAAAAAAUCUCUCCAAGAAACUGAAGGACUCUGGAAGCUUCAUUCUUCCUUGCUCCAUUGGGGGAAAAGAAGUUGGCAAUGCGUUAUGUGACCUGGGAGCUAGUAUUAACCUAAUGCCACUUUCCAUUUUUAGAAAGCUGGGUAUUGGUGAGGCAAGACCCACCACUGUGACUCUGCAGCUAGCAGACAGGUCGAUAACGCAUUCCGAAGGGAAGAUUGAAGAUGUGCGCGUACAAGUUGAUAAGUUCAUAUUUCCUGCCUACUUUAUUAUCUUGGACAAUGAAGCAGAAAUAGAUGUCCCCAUCAUCCUAGGUCGCCCAUUUUUUUCUAUAGGGGGUGCGUUAAUCGAUGUACAAAAAGGGGAGUUGACAAUUCAAGUCGACGAUCAGAAAGUUAAAUUCAACAUAUUCAAUGCAUCAAACUACCACGAUGAUAUGAAGACCUGUCAGUAUAUGGAUGAUCUGAUAAUUGAGAAAUGGUAUGAAAUACAUGAGAAGCUUGAAGAUGAGGAAGUUGAAAACAAAUCAUGGAAAAAGUCCAUGUGUUGGUAA